CUUGAAAUGCACGAUCAUGUUCUUGACAUCAUCGGAGUUUCGUCAGUGUUGGAGAGGGAGCUUCUCUUGGUGGUGGAAAAUCUUUCGAUGGGAACUCUAGACUCUCUGCUUCAGCUGGCAGACAAGGAGGAGGAUGAGACGCACACGAAGAACAUGAUGCAGAUGGCAAGGCAGAUCUGCUCUGGUAUGCAUCACUUGCACUGUUGUGGAGUGAUUCAUGGCAACCUUGCGGCCAAGCACAUCCACGUCGAGUCCUUCGACCCGACGGACUACACGAAGACGAAGGUGAAGGUUGGAGACUAUAUGCUCUUCGAGAUCCUGAGGGGCGCGGAGAGCCUCGGAGGAGCCACAGGGGAUACGGUGCAGAUAGCGACACCCAUAAGAUGGAUGGCUCCUGAAGUGUUACGAACUGGUCUGCUCUCCGUGCCCGGCGACGUCUGGUCCUUCGGUGUGGUGCUGUGGGAGAUGUGGUCGGACGGAGACAUGCCUUACCAGAUGAAAUCAGAUCACGAGGUGAGAGAAGCAGUGUUGCAGGAGGGGAGCACGUUGGGAAAUCCUCACAACGGUGGUGAGGAUGUGAAUGAAAUCAUUUCCAGCUGCUGGGACAGAAAUGCGAUGGCAAGACCUUCUUUCGAAGGUAUGGAAAGGGAGUUUGGGAAAUUGGUUGAACAAUGAUUUUGCAACCCCGGGAGUUAUUCUUUAUGCGCUAUAGACGAUUUAAUUUAGAUGAUUGUAUGUACCACAUGACUCAGU